UACAUCAGAUACUGCUCCGUACUACGAAUCGAAACAAUAACUAGGAUUACGACAUGAGCACUCAGCAGAGCCCAGCUGCGCUGCAAUCCACCGUCGAUCGUGAGAAGGUAUACACAUGGAUAAUCGAGCUAUCGAAUCCAGAGACAAGAGAGAAUGCUCUUCUGGAGUUGAGCAAGAAGCGCGAGGUAGUACCCGAUCUGGCACCCAUGUUGUGGCACUCGUUUGGCACUACAGCCUCUCUCCUUCAGGAGAUCAUUAACAUUUAUCCAGCGAUCAACCCUGCGACUCUCACCGCUUAUCAGAGUAACCGGGUUUGUAAUGCCUUGGCACUGCUGCAAUGUGUAGCCAGUCAUCCAGAAACGAGAUCUGCAUUUUUACAAGCACAUGUUCCAUUGUUCUUGUAUCCGUUUCUGCACACCGUAAGCAAGACACGCCCAUUUGAAUACCUUCGCUUGACAAGUCUUGGUGUGAUUGGUGCACUGGUCAAAACCGAUGAGCAAGAAGUGAUCACCUUUCUUCUUACUACCGAGAUUAUCCCGCUUUGUUUACGGAUUAUGGAGAGCGGCUCGGAAUUGAGUAAAACUGUGGCAACAUUUAUAUUGCAGAAGAUACUGUUAGAUGACAGCGGCCUCUCCUAUAUCUGUCAGACCUACGAUAGAUUCAGUCAUGUUGCCAUGAUAUUAGGAAAAAUGGUUUUAUCAUUAGCCAAAGAUCCUUCUGCAAGAUUGCUUAAACAUGUAGUACGGUGUUACCUAAGACUCUCUGAUAAUCCGAGAGCACUGUUAGCUCUGAGGCAGUGCUUACCGGAUCAGCUGAGAGAUAACACAUUUGCGACAUGUUUGCAAGAAGAUGCUUCAACCAAGCAUUGGUUGAACUUGCUUCUUAAAAAUCUCGAGGCCGGUCCGCAACAGCCAGGUCCACCGACUCAGCCGGGCCAACAAGAUCCCAGAACGAUUGGUAUGUCACCACUUGCAUCUUAAAGUAUUCUCUUUUUUGACUAUCAUAUCAUAUUUGACAUGAUACGAAAAUAUCAUAUAAGGACUUCAAAACGCUUCUAUCCGUUCUAUAUCCAUUUUUAUGAAAUGGUGCAUUAUACUAGACGGCCAUCUGUAUUGUUACAUAUAGAUAUGAAUUGUGCUGUGAAAACUAGUAAUAAGUAUAUCGUCGAAUUGGCAAAUCAAGUACGUUAUGAUCAUUGUAAAUAUGUAUAGAUGCUUGCAGCGAAAUCUACCAAUUAUAAUCGGUUCGAUUUCAUUCAUUUAAACUGAAAAGCUACCGAUUAAUAGCCUUUUUAUAUAAAUCAAAAAUGUUUUGUACGAACAAGAUA